GCAGUUGGUUGCUGCAGUCAGGCAGAGGGACCUGAGAGUUUGCUGGAGUUUCAUCUCACACAUUUACUUGCAGUUCACUUCCAAAGCUGGAUUUUUAUUCACUUUCUCGGAGAAAAAAAAUGUCUGAAGGGUGGUCUCUCGCCCUGCAUCUCUGCUGGUUUUGCUGGAUGGCUUCUGCCCUGCAGGUUAUAGAAGAGCGCGGCUCAGGGAGACAUCUGGACCUGACGGAGUUAAUCGGCGUCCCCCUCCCCCCCGCGGUGUCCUUCACUCCUGGCUAUGAGGGCUUUCCAGCCUACAACUUUGGGCCUGAAGCCAACAUCGGCCGGCACACCAAAACAUUCGUGCCUGGAUCUUUCUACCGGGACUUUGCCAUCAUCGUCACGGUGCGUCCCACCAGUCAGAGGGGGGGCACGCUCUUCGCCAUCGCAGACGCCCAUCAGAAGGUGGUGGAGCUGGGCUUGGUCCUCACGCCGGUCCGAGGCGGCCUCCAGAGCAUCUUGCUGUAUUACACCGACAGAGAACAGGCUUCCCACAGCCACAAAGCCGCCGCCUUCACUGUCCCAGACAUGACCGACCAAUGGACGCGGUUCACAGUGGUGGUGGAGCACGACGAGGUGCGUCUCUACAUGGACUGUGGAGAGGCAGAGAGGGUGACCUUCCAUCGGAGGCCAGAGAAACUCACCUUCUCACUCAACUCGGGCAUCUUCGUGGCCAAUGCAGGAAGCACGGGGCUUGAUAAUUUUGUGGGCUCCAUUCAGCAGCUCGUCAUCAGAGACGAUCCCAGAGCAGCCAAGGAGCAGUGUGAAGACGACGAUCCUUAUGCCUCUGGUUUUGCCAGUGGAGAUGAUGCUCUAGACGACAGAGAGACAGAGGAUGACACUAUGAAGCACACCCAUGGCACAGCACUGGGGGAGGACAGCGUUCCUGUUAGAGCUCCACCCACUGAGGCUCCAGAGGUGGAGUUCGAUGAAUAUUCUGGUCACAUGACUCCAACAGUGGCCAAUGAAGAACUGCUCAGAGGGCCACAGAGGACAGAGGAGCCUGGAGAGCGAGCUGGAGAUGGUCACAUGAGGCCUGGGUUUAAAGGAGAGCGUGGUGAUCCUGGACCACCCGGCCCUCCAGGUCCCCCGGGCCGCCCCACAGUACAAGGGAAAACUAAACCAGGAUCAUUUGGGCCGCAAGGACCACCAGGGACCCCUGGAUCCCCUGGGAUCCCAGGGAGAGAUGGACAGAAGGGACGUAAAGGUGACAAAGGAGAUCCAGGUCAGAGGGGAACUCAAGGACUUCCAGGUUUGACGGGAGAAGCUGGAGCUAAAGGAGAAAAGGGAGACCAAGGGGUUGGUUUACCAGGCCCUCCUGGCCUCCCUGGACCUCCUGGACCCCCCAGAUCACGCAGCGUACCUUAUGGACCAGAUGCUCUUGGUUCUGGGUUUGAAGACCUCGACAGCGACACUGAACUCAUCAGGGGUCCCCCCGGCCCACCCGGCCCUCCGGGGCCUCCCGGUCCCUCUGGAACUCAUCUGCCGUCAGCCGCCUCAGAGGGACUGUCCUCGGCUCAGGGACCGCCCGGUGUCCCCGGCAGAGACGGACUCCCAGGAAAACCCGGAAUACCAAUGUUUGAGGAUUGGUUUAGUGGUUCUGGGCCUGACGGUUCAGGCCUGAGCUCAGAGAUGGCCUCCGUCCUGGGCUCAGACCUCGGCUCUGGUUUCAGUUCUGGUUUCACCCUUGACUCCAGUUUUGGUUCUGGUUCUGGUUCUGGCCUUGACUUUGAGUCUGGCUGGGGUUCAGGCGAGGGUCCAGCGGGGAAAGAUGGGUCUCCGGGUCGACCUGGAGCAGCUGGAGAGAAGGGUGACCACGGGCUCCCCGGAUCACCUGGACCUAAGGGUGAAUGUGGGACUGUGGGCACAGCAGGAGCUCCAGGACCCCAAGGGGCCGCUGGUCCACCAGGACGGAGAGGCCCAGCUGGUCCCCCUGGGCCGCCGGGCCCACCUGGACCAUUAGGAAACAAAGUCUUUGUGGAGGACAUGGAAGGAUCUGGAAAGAGUGACAUGCUCAUCGGUGCUGGGGUCAGAGGUCCACAGGGUCCACCUGGUCAACAAGGACCAAAGGGUGAGGAUGGAGCCCCCGGAGCUCCGGGCCUUUCCAUCAAAGGUGAACCAGGAGACCCGGGAUCACCGGGGCUUCAGGGUCCUGCGGGACUUCCGGGUGUGAGGGGGGCCAAAGGAGACAAGGGAAGCCAAGGACUCAAGGGUGACCAAGGCUCUGACGGACUCAGCAUCCCUGGACCACCUGGACCUCCUGGUCCUCCUGGACCUCCAGUCAAUCUGCAUGAGCUGCUCCUCAACGUGACAGAUGGUAUAUUAAACUUCACAGAGAUCAGAGGACCACCAGGUCCAGCGGGCCCUGAAGGCUUGCCUGGCAGAGCUGGAUUUCCCGGCCCCAGGGGGCCAAAGGGAGACAUAGGACCUCCAGGUGUUCAGGGAACUGCAGGGUUAAAGGGGGAAAAGGGAGAACCGGGAGUGACUAUUGCUGCUGAUGGAUCUCUCCUGUCUGCUCCAAGAGGCCCUAUGGGGUCCAAAGGCAUGAAGGGUGACCGUGGUUUACCAGGACCUUCUGGACUCACAGGCCCAAUCGGACCAACAGGACAGAAAGGAGAAUAUGGCUUCCCUGGACGCCCGGGACGACCUGGGAUGCCUGGAAGAAAAGGCGACAAAGGAGAUUCGACUGGCCUUUCGGGACCUCCAGGCCCUCCUGGACCUCCUGGACCUCCUGGAAGAGUUUUGGGACUAAAUGGAACCGUGUUUCCGGUGCGCCCCAGACCGCACUGCAAAAGGGGACCAGAGGCAUUUACCAGGGGAGAUUCAUUUGGAGCAAAAGGAGAAAAAGGCGAUGAGGGAUUACCUGGAGAACCAGGGACGUCUGCCCCCAGAUUUGCAGAUGGAUUGGUGGGUGCAAGAGGCGAUCAGGGAUAUCAGGGUCUGAAGGGAGAAAAGGGUGAGCCGGGGGUGACAGGUCCUCAGGGACAGCCUGGGAGGUCCGGACUGGUGGGUCCAAAAGGAGACUCCGUCAUCGGUCCCCCGGGUCCUGUGGGCUCUCCAGGUCAGCCCGGUGCGCCUGGAUUUGGUCGCCCUGGACCCAGAGGUCCCCCUGGUCCUGCUGGGCCCCCAGGACCUCCUCCUCCAUUCGGAUCAACUGUCAGUAUCCCCGGCCCCCCUGGUCCUCCCGGACCACCAGGGUCUCAAGGAUACGCCAGCCCGGUCAUCACCUAUAAGACGAUCAACGCUCUCACCAGAGAGUCUCAGCGCGUCGCCGAGGGGAGUUUGGCGUUCGUGUCUGAGCGGGGAGGCGAGCUGUACGUCAGAACGCGCAACGGCUGGCGAAAGAUCCAGCUUGGAGAGUUGAUUCCGUCUGGGCCGUCCUCAUCAGAAGCCUCCCAGGCCCUCAGCAGACCUGGAGACUGGAGUCGCCCACACAGGAGCCACAGCCAGGAGCUGCAGGAGGGGAUCCGGGGAUAUCAGCCCAGCUACAGCCUCUUACCACAGAACUUCAACCCCGUUCCGGGACUCCACCUGGUGGCGCUGAAUGCCCCCCUGAAGGGGGACAUGCGAGGCAUCCGGGGAGCAGACUUCCAGUGCUACCAGCAGGCGCGCUCCAUGGGGCUGACGGCCACCUUCAGGGCCUUCCUGUCCUCGCACCUCCAGGAUCUGGCGACCAUCGUGAGGAAGGCGGACCGCAACGACAUGCCGGUGGUUAAUCUGAGGGGGGAGGUGCUGUUCAGUAGCUGGAUGUCCAUCUUCUCUGGGAACGGAGGCACGUUUGACCCGUCCACGCCCAUCUACUCCUUCGAUGGGCGCAACGUGAUGACCGACUCGGCGUGGCCCGAGAAGCUGGUGUGGCACGGCUCCAGCACCGUGGGCAUCCGGCUGACCACCAACUACUGCGAGGCGUGGCGGACGGCCGACAUGGCGGUGACGGGGCAGGCCGCCCUGCUGCAGACGGGCCGCCUGCUGGGGCAGCACGCCCGCUCCUGCUCCAGCCACUACAUCGUGUUGUGCAUAGAGAACACGUACGUGGGGAGCCAGCGGAGGAACUGAGGGGACGGCGCCGGGGCGCGAGA